AGCAAGGACCACUGGAAGAAUAGCAAUGUGAACCCAAAUAAAGACUGAAAUGCCUGUUGUACAAUAUAUAUUUUCUGUAUGUAGUUUGCUACAUUAAUUGAACAUAUACAUAUUAUAUUCUGUAAGUAACAUGACUUUAUCUUUGUUGUGUAAUAGAUCUUAGUUGUAUAAGACCAUAUGAAAGUCCCUGUACUUUUGUCAUUCAAUGAAUGAAGACCUUUAUUGUACAUUUUUGCCCCACUGGGCUAUUAAAGCCCAGGUCAAAAGAUUACAACCAUAUACAAACAAAUACAUCAAUAAAGAAUAUAGGAGGUGGAGCUCUGCCCAUGCUUUGCUGACAUGCCACGUGUGCUCACGAUCACCUCCCCCUAGUUUGUUUACAACGCGACGCGAUCCUGUAACUCAAUCCGCUCACCCGACCUUUCAACAUGGCUGCCCCUUCGCCACGUCAGGGCGUGAGCCCGGCGUUCGAAAACCCUCCGGCCAUUGAGGAAGAGGACAAGGAUACGCCAAAACAAUUGGGAUUGGUUCAUAAACGUCUAUCAAAGAAGGCUAGACUGCGCAGAGCUGCGAGUACUCGCGGGAAAAAGGGAGCUGCCACCCGGGGCACCGGUCGCCUGAGCAGGUCUUCCCGCACACUGGAAGUGGUGCCCGCUGGUUUUCGAGAGGAACUGGAAGAUUACUCCCACCCGUCAAGACCGUCGGCGAGACCCAUUUGGGUGAGUCCCGGAGGAUCUAAAUACAGAACAUUUACGAUGAGGAAGAAACUGGCGGCCAAGGGAAUGGACUUGGAUGACAUCGACACACCUGCAUGUUCUUCGCGUUCACGCACAGACGGCGAAAAUGUCCAGUCAAGUCGAAAGCUCGACUUUUCAAGUGCAGAGAACAAUGUACAGAAGAGGGAACCCAUUGUUGUAGAAGACGGAUACUAUGUGGGUCAGGUAUGCCAACUUCAAACUUUUGUCGACAACAUCAACAGUAACUUUAAGUGCCGAACGAAAGACUGUAAUGGAAUUUUAGUUCCCCUACACUUUGUGAAAGUUGGUCUUGGAGGCGGGCUGAGGGUUGUGUACAGUUGUAGCGGCUGUGCGAUGCCUGGUAUCAAUUUUGAUUCCUCAACUUUAGUGGAAUCAUCUCGCCGGUACCAGGUUUCCCUGGCACUCUGUCUGUCGAUGCUUGUUUCAGGUAACACCUACCAGGGUUACGACAAGGCACUUGGUCAGGGAUUAGGGUUGGAGACAAUCACUAAAAAUAACUUCUACACCUUGAUUCGGGAUGUUUACCCCCUGACAAGAGCCCUGGUCAAAGAACACUGUCAGGCGGCGAAAGAACAAAUGAGGAAAAUCCCAGAUAACGACUUAGGUAGUUCUAAGCGAGCAGUUACUCAGGCCGAUGGAACCUGGGGAACCAGGGGGUUCCACAGCAAAAAUUGCACAGUGACAAUCCGCAACGCCAUGAAUAAUUCGUUGCUAUAUGUAUGCCACCUCUGCAUGAAGGGGAGGGACACGAUAUCGUCAGAGGAGUUCCCACUUUUCGAGGGCACAGCCAAAAGCGGUGAGGGGAUUGGUUUAGAAAUGUUGUGGGCGCAGGCAGUCAAAGACGGCAUCCAUCCCAGUGUUCACUGGCAAGACGGAGAUAGCACUGCUAUGAAGUCAUUCAGGGCACAUUUCCCCGAUGAAAAACACAAGGUGAUGCUGUGCUCCGGCCAUGUUGCGAGGUCCCACCAAAACGUGUUGACUGACCUAAAAAAUAAAAAGACAGCUACAAAAAUGUACAAGUCGAAACACCAAGAGAAAUUCCCACAGGUCAAUUCUGUCAAGUGCAACUGUGAGGGUAAAAGCCAUCGAAAGGGAUGCGGCUGUAUCAAUGACGCAUUCAUAAGACAAGCCAGGAUCAAUUUCUUCUGUUGCGUAGUCCAAGCGGGGAAAGAACCAGACGAGCUCAGUAACAGACUCAAAAACCUGGGAAAGUACCACGCCCGUGAUAUCCACAAGUGGAAACACCCCACCACUAAGAAGAAGACAGGGUGCGACUUCCAUCCGGCCAAGACCUGCUCUUGUGAGAAGUGCAAGAAAAAAGGUAAAAACCAGGAGCCCCUUUGCGGCAAGGGCGAACUGUACAAAUCUAAGAAUGCAAUCACCUGUCCACUACACAGCCUUUUCUAUGAAGUCGAGACGGCACGGCGAGCGGAGCAGGCGAACGACAUCAUUCACCCGGAGCUAGGACGGGGAAACUCAAACCUCCCGGAAGCGUCACACAAUGUGUUGCUGAGAUUCCGAUCGAAAGACGUCUUUUUGAGUAGACUGCAUUAUAUUGUAAAGACGGACAUGGGUCUUCUACAGAGCUGCGUCAGCUGGGAGCAAGAUACACAACCAUUUGGCCCAGAGUUCCUCCACUGGUCCGUCGAACUGUACAAGCGCAUGAAACUGCCCAUACCACCAGGUAUGGUUCGUAAGGUACAGAAGGCACUGAGUGAGCGACGUAAAGCUUUGGAAAAAGCGAGGACAGAGGAGAAGAAAGCCCGUCGUAUUGCCCUCAAAGCAGCUCGUGCGUUGGACAGUGAGGAGAGGAAGCAAUGGACCAAGAAAAGAGCCAUCCAGCACAGCUAUGGGACUGCAGAUGCCGAGGCAGACAGUGAUGGUGAAGUGCAUUCAGAGGAGGAGGAGGGUGCCAGGGCUACUCUGGUAAAAGACAGCCAGCUCAUCGUAAGGGAAGACAGGAGAGUGGGUAGAGUUGUGGGUUUGGGUCCGCCAGUCCAAACUACCGGGAACAGCGCUAGCAGAAAACGAAAGAGCCGUGAUCCCCCCAAGCAACCCAGAAGGAAAGCAAGAAAACAAGAGACAGACCACCUCGUAUCAACAGUGCUGUCGCAUCCUUCCAUCCAACCUCCUUGUUCCAACGCAACAAUGGCCGACCUUGAGAAUGCAAUGGCGGCGCUAGAACUACUUUUCGAGCAGAGCGGCCUCACCCUGCCAGCUGGCCUGCGGCACAUCCUCCUCCAUCUGCCCCACACAGCUCCGGCAAACUCGAGCCGGCCGGACUGGGGGCCACGGCGCAGGCUGGCGGCUGCCCUCUUCCGAUGGCUCUGGGUGAGUGAACGUCGACGUGGGGGCGGACUCCGGGCCCCGGGGAGGGACACACCCACCUAUGUCUACCCGGAAGAGGUUAGGUGGGUCAUGCGGGCUCGAUUCCCCGACGACCCGGUCCGCCUGUACGACGGGCAAGUUGAGAAGCAGCGGGCAGUCUACUUCGUUGAUGUCGUAGAUCUGGCCACGGCCACCUGGCCGUCCUGCCGCUGCGGGAGCGCCACUGGAACUUCCGGGGGGCCUGCCCGCCGCGGACGCCGGACCUCCCGCGCCACACCUUACCCCCACAAGCGUGGCCAGUAG